AUGCUGCUCGUCCCCCUCCUCCAGCGAUGCAUCCACCUCCUCCUCCUGCCCAUCCACAUCCUUGCCUGCCUGGGCUUGUGGGGCUCCUUCUGCAAGAGAGUCUUCCCCUACGUCAUGGCGAAGGUGGCUCCUGUCUACAACCACAAGGUCUACAAGCAGAAACAAGAGCUGUUCAGCACCCUGAGAAAAUUCACAGGCCCUUCAGGCCAGCUCACCCUGCUGGAAAUUGGCACAGGCACGGGCACCAACUUCCAGUUCUACCCCCCGGGCUGUCGGCUGACGUGCUCCGACCCCAACCCCCACUUCAGAAAGUUCCUCCUCAAGAGCCUCUCGGAAAACCAGCACCUGAAGCUUGAAGGUUUGGUGGUUGCCUCUGGAGAGGACCUGCAGGAGAUCCCCGACGGCGCCGUGGACGUGGUGGUGGGCACCCUGGUGCUGUGCUCGGUGGGCAGCGUCAGGAGGGUCCUGAGGGAGGUUUUGCGAGUGCUGAGGCGGGGUGGAGCUUUCUACUUCUUAGAGCACGUGGCUGCAGAUCACUCCAGUUGGACCUACUUUUGGCAAAAGGUGUGUGACCCUGUCUGGAAGUGCUUUGGAGAUGGGUGUUCCCUGAGCAGAGAGACACAGAUGGAGCUGGAGAAAAUGAAUUUCUCAGAACUGAAUUUGAGGCACUUUCAUGUCACUCCAUACUGGAUUCCUACCAGUCCUCACAUCAUUGGGUAUGCAGUGAAAUAA